AAAUAACAGUAGCAAUACCUUGUGCAAACAUGUAUAAAUAAUUUCCAGAUGCAAAUCUUCUAUUGUUUUUAAUAUAUAUGACAGUAGGAGUGGAAUACAAGGCUGCUCUCAAGCAGUGAGUAACAAUUUUGAAUGAGUAAGACUUCAACGAAGGGGUGAGUUCGACUGGAAACGUCUCAGUGCAAAAUAUUCUUCAUCACAAGAGGGAGAUACUUCAGUAAAAUCCAUUCAGAAAUGAAGGCGCCUCCCUGCAAUUGUAAAUGGAGCCCGACCUCUCCAGUGAGGGCUGUGAAGAGUUAAAUCAGACAGUUCCUAAGUGUUGUAGUCUCUCCCCUUCUCCACCGUUUUCCCCCUCUCUGUUCUCUCUCUCUCUCUCUCUCCUUCUAGUUUUGGCAGGGGAUUAAAGUAGCUCCCCCCUGUGGCAGCAGUGACCCAGAAAUGAGUUUGAUUCACAGAGUCCUUCCUCCAUAACAAGUAAAAACGUCAGUCAGUGUGUGUGUGAGUGUAUGUGUGUGUGUGUGAAGGGAGCCCACAAUCUGCUCCCACUCUCCAGUGCUUGUCUGAACUCAUGAGGCAGCAGAGACCCUUUCGCGCAGAGAAACUCCAACCUCACUGGCAACCAUCGCGGCAGCAGCAGCAGGCCACCAGCUGUUUCCCGUGGAGAUCAUGAAAAGAAGUCGGCUUCCUAGCAGCAGUGAGGAUUCUGAUGACAAUGGCAGCUUGUCCACCUGGUCCCAGCAUUCCAGAUCUCGACACCGGAGGAAUUCAUGCUCCAGACAUGAAGACCGAAAACCUUCUGAGCUGGCACCCAGCAACCUUUCCUCUGGCCAGGAGAUCAGGGAGUUCAGCUGCUACCACAGUCACUGCCAGCACCAAGUGUUCAGAACGGACUUGAUCACUGCCAUGAAGCUACCCGACUCCUACCAACUGAACCCUGAAGAGUACUAUGUGCUGGCAGACCCCUGGAGGCAGGAAUGGGAAAAGGGAGUUCAGGUGCCAGUUAGCCCGGAGGCCAUCCCUGAACCAGUAGCGAGGGUUGUGUCUGAGACAAAAGCAGUCACAUUUACAAGACCCAGGAAGUACAUCCUUUCUUCAGGUUCUGAGCCUCCUGAGCUGGGAUAUGUUGACAUUCGAACUUUGGCAGACAGUGUGUGUCGCUAUGACCUCAAUGAUGUGGAUGCAGCAUGGUUAGAACUGGCCAACGAAGAACUGAAAGAGAUGGGAAUGCCUGAACUGGAUGAGUACACGAUGGAGAGAGUCAUGGAGGAAUUUGAACAGCGAUGCUAUGACAGUAUGAACCAUGCUAUUGAGACUGAAGAAGGGCUGGGGAUCGAGUAUGAUGAGGACGUUGUCUGCGAUGUUUGCCAGUCCCCAGAUGGGGAGGAUGGCAACGAAAUGGUGUUCUGUGACAAAUGCAAUAUCUGUGUACACCAGGCAUGUUAUGGAAUUUUAAAGGUGCCAGAAGGCAGUUGGCUUUGCCGGACCUGUGCGCUUGGUGUUCAGCCAAAGUGUUUAUUGUGUCCCAAGAAAGGUGGAGCUAUGAAGCCAACUCGUAGUGGGACGAAGUGGGUCCAUGUUAGCUGUGCACUCUGGAUUCCAGAGGUGAGUAUUGGCAGCCCAGAAAAGAUGGAGCCCAUAACCAAGGUCUCUCACAUUCCCAGCAGUAGAUGGGCAUUAGUGUGCAGCCUUUGCAAUGAGAAGAUUGGGGCAUCCAUACAGUGCUCGGUGAAAAACUGCCGAACAGCUUUUCAUGUCACAUGUGCAUUUGACCGUGGCUUGGAGAUGAAGACCAUCCUGGCGGAGAACGAUGAGGUCAAGUUCAAGUCAUACUGCCCCAAGCACAGCUCCACCAAAAAACUGGAUGACGAAAACCUCUGUGAAAACACCAGCCAGGAGAAUGAGAAUGGGACACAGGACAGCUCCCCUUGUGCCCAUAUAGAGCCCUUCCACAGCCUUGAUCAAAACCAGGAGGAGGCCCACAGGGUCAGUGUCCGCAAGCAGAAGCUCCAGCAGCUGGAAGACGAGUUCUAUAUGUUUGUCAAUGUCUUGGAAGUGACCAAGGCCCUGCGGCUGCCUGAAGAGCUGGUGGAGUUCCUGUACCAGUACUGGAAGCUCAAGAGGAAAGGCAAUUUCAACAAACCCUUGAUCACCCCAAAGAAAGAUGAAGAGGACAAUCUGGCCAAGCGGGAGCAGGAUGUUUUGUUCAGGAGAUUGCAGCUCUUCACGCACCUCCGGCAGGAUUUGGAGAGGGUUCGGAAUCUGACUUACAUGGUGACCCGAAGGGAGAAGAUUAAGAGAUCUGUUUGCAAAGUCCAGGAACAGAUAUUCAAUCUCUACACAAAACUUAUGGAUCAAGAAAGAGUUCCAGGUGUGCCUUCCUCCUCCUCAGCAGAAAACAUGGUGUUGUUCAACAGUCCACCUUUGGGUCCUGAUGCUCCCAAAAUAGAGGAUUUGAAGUGGCAUUCUGCUUUCUUCAGGAAGCAAAUGGGCACUUCUCUGACACACACAUUGAAAAAAUCACACAAGGGAGACAGAGUAAGGAACAGCUCUGGAAGUGACAGAAAAUCCCUGCUCAAGCAGCCCAGCCGAAGGGAAGGUGUGACUCCAGGUAGCUUUUUAAAUUUUGAAAAGGCCUUUGCAGAAGCACGCAUUGUAUCAGCACAACAGAGAAAUGGGAUAGUUAUGCCAGACCACAGGAAAAGAAGAGACAAUCGUUCCUCUUAUGAGGUAAUCAAGGCAGAACUGAAGGAAAAGCCUUCCAAGCACAGCCACAAGCCACUGACAUCCACAGAAGUGUCUCAAAGGCAAUCAGAAAACAAAAAGUCUGCGAACCAUCCAGGUGGUAGGUCAGUACCUGGCCCACGGAGGGAUAUAGUGCCUAAAUGCAAUGGAUCCCUCAUCAAAAUAAACUAUAACCGGCCUGCGGUUAAAGUGCCUACUACACCCACAAGCCCAGUGAAAAACUGGGGCGGAUUCCGAAUUCCAAAGAAGGGGGAGAGACAACACCAGGGAGAGAUCCAGGAGGAGACCUGCCACCAGAACUCUAACUAUCCAUACUUGGGCAUGGACAGAGUUUUGCCUAAAGACAGGGCAAAAAGCAAACUAAAGACAGACAGGGAGAAUGAUGGGUAUGCUCCUGAUGCUGAAAUGAGUGACUCAGAAACUGAAGUGACUGAGAAAAAAUGCAGACAGCAAAGGCUUAGUCCAAACAGCACGAUCAACAGGAGGACAGACAUUAUUAGAAGAAGUAUCCUUGCUUCCUGACUGGACAGUAAGACACAUCUUCAAGCACCAUGGUCAACAGAGGCACUGCCUGCAAACGCACUCUGUAUUAUUUAUUGGUGUGAGGAGGGGGUUUUAGACAUGCCUACAGAUUGACAAAGAGAUAACCAGUUACCCCUGAGCUGUAUAAACCUUUACGUACACUUAAGACUAUGAUUUUGCCCUUGUACCUGAGUCCUUAUAAUCUGUUUCUGUGAGAAGUUUAAACCUUUUUUAUUUGCAACUUUCUUGAGGAAAUAAGAUGACAUCACUAUUACAAUGGAAUCUUUGGUGGAACACUAAAAGAAUUCAUUAAACACGUGGGGGGUAGGGGAGGUUGCAUCUGUCUCCCUUUAGCAAAACAGCACUGACAAGAAUUUUUUCCCUCUCCCCAAAAGCACAAACUGUUAAUUUAACUAGUGUGUUCUAUAUCAAAUAUGGUUAUCAAACUAUCCAGCAUUACUAAAUCCAUUACAAAUACUCGCUUUCCUUGGACUGUGACAUGUCUUUAAGUCAUAUUUGCCUGCAGAAUGUUUUUGUUGUAUUAGAGUUCAGUAUACAUGGCAGCUCUAAAUAUUCCAUAACUCCAGAGAGUUUACAUGUAAAUACGUCCAACAGAUAGUCAGUUUUAACCACAAUUAUUGGAGAAAAAUGAAGGGGACAGGUUAGAGCUGCAGCUGCUUAGUGAUACAAUAGUAACAACAUGAACAGACCCAGUCUGAGCACAGAGCCAUAGUCCUAAGCUCUUCAGUUCUGGGGAAAGAAGAUAGUUCGUCCACUAUCCAAAGGGACAAAUUUAGGGUCUACUGCAUUCUGUGGAACAAUCCACAGAGCAGCUUUAGCAUUAUCCAGUCACCUACCCUCCAGGAAUAUGAUGACAAUUCAAGUGGGUAUGACUAACUUGAAGGCACUAGUCAGCAUGAUUUCCCAACGCCAGCCACUUAUGCACUAAUGGUAUGUACUGGGAAAUCCAAGCAUCUGACACUAAAGCAUUACUUUAAAGAAGGACAAAUAUAUAUAUAUAUACACACAUACAUAUAUAUUUUUAAAUAGAAUAAAAAGGAAAGGCAAUAAGUUGUGAUUAGCUCUUUACAUUCAGACCAAGAUAAAGUGAUUUCAUUCUGUUCUGGACUAGAAUUGAUGAGAGAGGGAGCUCACAGUCUGAUUACAUAACUUUUUAAAAUAACUGCCAAUGGCAAUAACUAGUGAGUAAGCUAUCAGCAAUAACAUUAACAGUACAUAGAGAGACUGUUUUGUUUGUGCAGUGAAUUGAGUGCACAUGUAUCAUAACAAUGGAAGUUAUAAGAGCCUGAAAUGUUUGGAAUGCUGCAUCAAUGUAAGGCAGGCACAAAAUAGUUGAAAGAAAGUUUAAGCAGAAAUUAGUUUAGAAAUAUGGGCAGAUGGAAGAAUCCCUUUUUCUUUCUCUCAACCUACUGCUAUCAGUAUUCAGUUACAUAAUACAUUUUAACAUUUAACCCCUUCUCACUGGGGCAGGGAAAGAAUAAAGAAACAUUAGAACUUUGCUGUUAACUUUAAGUCUUCCAGAGAAUUCAGUUCACAAAAUAGGCUUAUUGACAUUCCAUCUUGCUAUGCAAGUUAUCAAAUAAUUAAAAACUUCAAACAAAUGCUUCCCUAUCAUUAGUUCUACUUUUUAAACUAAAUUGAGACAUAACCUUUUGACACUUAAUGGAAUAAUCUUGGGAAGGGGAAAUGUUUGUAUUGAAACGAUACUUUGUUAAACCUUGCUGCUCCUGAGAAAGCAGAUUUAUCUCAUGACUUUGCUGGUCAGAUUAACUUGUUGCACAUAACAAAGGAGGAAUGGUGGAUCUGAGUCACACAGAGAUUCAUUCUUGACAUGACUUAAAAUAUUAAAAUUCUUAUUUGAUUAAAAAUAAUUUUUUUAUUGGCUAUGGGAGAAGAGGGAAGUACGGUUGAUUUCACUUUUAACUUUAGCAACAUUUCUAGAUGAGGGCUAAGUUUAUUACUGUAAGGAGGUUGUGAUAUAGGGAAUUGUUUGUCAAGCCAUAAAAGGAAAAAAAAAUAAAUUUGAUUCUAAGCAAACAUUUAACCUCACAUCAGUUUGAAAGAGGUACCUGAUUCAUUUGCACUAUUAUGAAUGCUAGCAUUGUGCAGAAAUAUUGCCUUAUCUGUUUUACUCCCCACACAUUUAGGUUAAUAAGCUUUCUAAUGUUCCACGUUAUGCUGAACCAAAUAAAAUGCUUUCCCCAAACCUUUAAUUACAAAUAAGCUACAAGGCAAGCUAAUUGCAGUAUGACCAGCUGUAAAAGUUAGUUUCAUGCCAAGCUUAGCGCUCACCAACAGAGGAGUCAUAAGUAUAGCAGUAACAACCCAAACCCACCCCUUGUGUUUUAUUGGUAUGGAAUCAUUCAUUUUUUUUUUUUUUUAAGCUUUACCUUUCCUUGUGCAGAUUGACCAAGCAAUCUCUUUGAUUAUGAUUGGUGUAUUAUGUCAAAAUGUAGGCUAGUUAAACUUUUGUAAAGUUGCCUGGAAUGUCAUUUGUUAGGGUAUAAACACACACAAAUCUAAAUGAAGGGUUUAUUCGUGUCAUGUGUGCAAGUCUUAAUUAUUUUAAAAAUUUGAAAAAAAAUUGUCAUUACAUUUGUAAAAUCUUGUACAGAAGAUUUUUCACUAUGUGCCUAGCUUUGGUGUCCAUUCAGCUAAAAUUAAAAAAAAAAAGGUGCAUGAAGAGAAACAGAUAGAAUCAGAGAUAAAAAGUAUAUGUAGAGAUGACUAUUUUAUAUUACUUGGCCCAAUCCUGUAUUUAUUUUACCCCUUUUCUGACGUAUUUAUAAAGAUCUAGUUGAAGACAGCUGUAUUUUUUUGUUAAAAUAUUUAGUAGAAUUGUGCCUUUGUCUGUAUGUGAAUAAAUGCUGUACAUUUUGCA